UCAUGCUGCUGCCAGGUCCAGAGUCUCUCAUGGGUCCCUGUACGGCCUCCCAUUUGUGCUGUCUCCAUCGCCACACUCUGCCAUGUGCCACUUUCAGGUCUCCUCACACACUGCUGGUGUGUUGAAUUUUUUGACAUAGGGUGCUGGCAGAUUACGGGCCUCCCAUUGCUGCUGCCAGGCCCCUAAUCUGCCAUGGGCCCCUAUACCGCCUCCUCAUGCUGCUGCCAGGCCCCUAAUCUGCCAUGGGCCCCUAUACCGCCUCCUCAUGCUGCUGCCAGGCCCCUAAUCUGCCAUGGGCCCCUAUAUACCGCCUCCUCAUGCUGCUGCCAGGUCCAGAGUCUGUCAUGGGUCCCUGUACGGCCUCCCAUUGCUGCUGUCUCCAUCGCCACACUCUGCCAUGUGCCACUUUCAGGUCUCCUCACACUCCUGCUGGUUUCCAUUUUGUCAUAGGUUGCUGUAUGGCCUCCCAUUGCUGCUGCCUCCACCGCCACACUGUGGCUCCAAACACUGGUUUUGGCCCCGUGACUGGCCAAAUGAGUAAAGUGUGCGGUGAUUCUAAGAUCGACGGCACUCAUCUGCAUGUCAUACUGACUGACAGUAUUAUUUCUCUUCCCCAGCAGACUCCAAGGGCAUUUAAAUUAAAGGUACAGUGUUCUGCACUAAUAUUA